AUGGUGAAGUCAGGAGCCGCGGAUUCCAAUAUCUUCGGGUUCCCUGAAUACGAAGGACAGACGGAGUUUUUCCCUGAUGGGGAGGCCGCGCUGUCCGAGGGAGUGGGCUAUGCCGUCGUGCUGGGCUUCGGCGGCUUUUUCAGCCUGUUCACGACGGCCAUCGUGCUCAUCGACUACUACUUCGGCGGCACAAAGUUCACUUCGGAGCAGUUCAACUGCGCGGGGCGAUCGAUCAAGACGGGGCUCACGGCGUCGGUGAUCGUAUCCCAGUGGACGUGGGCGGCGACGCUCCUGCAGAGCUCGAAUGUCGCCUACAAGUUUGGUGUGAGCGGCCCGUUCUGGUAUGCGUCGGGUGCCACCAUUCAAGUGCUGCUCUUCGGCAUUCUCGCCAUCGAGGUCAAGAGAAAGGCACCCACCUGCCACACCAUUCUGGAGAUUAUCGAGGCUCGAUGGGGGAAGGCUGCGCACAUGGUCUUCCUUUUCUUCUGCCUGCUCACAAACAUCAUCGUCACAGCUAUGCUGCUGUUGGGAGGGGCAGCCGUCGUGAACGCACUGACGGGGGUGGACCUGAACGCUGCAGCAUUCCUCAUUCCCAUUGGUGUCAUUCUGUACACGGCGGCCGGGGGCCUCAAGGCCACAUUCCUGGCUUCCUACAUCCACACCACCAUCAUUUUCGCUGCUCUCUGCAUCUUCAUGUUCCAGAUCUACGCCACCCAUGAGGACCUGGGCAGCCCCUCGGAAGUGUACCAGAAGCUCCGCAGGGUAGAGGAAGAGCACCCAGUAGAGGACAACAGGGAUGGUUCCUACCUGACCAUGCUCAGCCGUGGUGGCUUCAUCUUUGGCAUCAUCAACGUCGUCGGAAAUUUUGGAACGGUUUUUGUGGACCAGUCCUACUGGCAGAGCGCCAUCGCGGCCAAGCCUUCCUGCACGUACAAGGGGUACCUCCUGGGAGGCCUUUGUUGGUUUGCCAUCCCCUUCACCCUGGCCACGGCUCUGGGCCUGGGGGCUGUUGCCCUUGACCUGCCGCUGACAGCCGACGAAGCCGGGGCGGGACUGGUGCCUCCUGCCACGGCAGUGCACCUGAUGGGGAAGGGAGGCGCUGUCCUCAUUCUCGUCAUGCUCUUCAUGGCUGUCACCAGCACAGGCUCUGCUGAGCUCAUCGCCGUGAGCUCCCUCCUGUCAUAUGACGUGUACAGGACAUACUUCAAUCCUAAGGCCACUGGGGCUGACAUCAUCCGGGUGUCGCGCUACAUAGUCGUGAUCUGGGGCUGCGCCAUGGGUGGCCUGGCCAUUGGACUGCAGGAGCUGGGGCUGAACUUGGGCUGGGUGUACCUGGCCAUGGGUGUUUUGAUCGGCUCAGCCGUCAUUCCCAUUGCUUUCUGCCUGACGUGGAGCAAGUGCUCACGGUACGGAGCCAUUGCUGGUGCCCUCAUUGGCCAGUGGGCUGGCAUCAUCACGUGGCUUAUCUGGGCCAAGGUGGGCUAUGAGGAGGUUACUGUGGACACCACGGGGAAGGACUUCCCCAUGUUGGCUGGCAAUCUCAUGUCCAUCCUCUCGUCUGGCUUCAUCUGCGUGGUCAUCAGUUUGAUCUACCCCGAGGAGACAAACUGGGAUGAGACCCGAAAGAUCCCCAUGCUUGAGCAUGACCCCAACGCUGCUCUUGCGAAAUCGGGAGAAGACUCGUACGAAGGCAUGACUGCUGCAUUUGCAUGGACUGUUAAGUACGGAGCUGGCGGCACAGCCUUGCUGGUCAUCGCCUGGCCCGUUUUGGCUUUGCCUGCCAAGGUGUUCAGCGAGAGCUACUUCACUUUCUGGGUGAUCAUCGCCAUCAUAUGGGGUUUGGUGGCCACAGCUGUCAUCGUCGUGUUGCCCAUUUAUGAAUCGAAGGAUCAGAUUGGCAAGAUUCUGGGCAACAUGCUCAGUGGCCAGUUCGCAGCGGCCGAGGACAAGCAGAGGCUGGGUUCUUCAAUUGAUGACAGUGCCCACAAUCCAGCUGGUGUGGUGAAGGAGGAAGAGAAGGAGGCUGCCGCAGUCACUGAGGAAGUUUGA